ACGUUCAAGCAAAAUUACGUGGCUUGGUAGACAUGCUACUUGGAUACUUGAAAGAUAUUAAAAACCCACCAGUUUUACAAAAUUCUCCAAAUUUUGAUGGCACUAUAAUUAAGAAUGAACUUGGAAAAUUGGGUUUGAUUUUAGCUAACGAUGCUACAAAGAUGACCCUUGCAUGUAAACCUCCUUGUACUCCUUCAGCGGCAAUACCUACAAUCAAUGCGAUAAGCGAGACUUUAUUUCUCAUUUCUGGUCAUGCCGCAUCUGUGCCACUAUCUGCAGGAAAAACGUUUGCUAAUGAAAUAAAAUCCACAACUGGAGAUAUUAUUUAUGCUUCAGCUGCUUUGGCAAAUUCAUUUCUGGAUUCUCCUGUAGAUAUGAAUACAGCGAAUUAUGGUCACCUUAUAUCAACUGGAAUUUUAUGGAAUGCCUGUGAUUUAUUUCAACAAUUACCUUCAAAAAAUUCCGCUGCAGUAUCACAAAAAUGGAAAGGAAUUUUGGCAUUGUUAGAAGAUGCUAUUUGUGAAAUUGUUGAUCUAAUUUCUGAAAAUAAUCAAAAUGCGAAUGAUGAUAUUGAUGACGGAUGGGAUGAGAUUCUUGGAAAUUCGACAGCUGCAAGUUCAACUCUUUCCACAACUGAGAAAGAGAUGGGGAACUUAUGUUUAGAUUUAAUAAAAAUUGUUCAAUUACUUUUUAAGAAAAUUCUUCACCGGUGCAUUGAUCCUUUAAAUACAUCAGAUAAGUUGAAUGUCAAAAAUAUCGAUAGCUCUCAACAAGAUAGUAUAAACGAAACAUUGGAUCAAUUAGUGCAUUUAGGUAAUUCAGUUAUAGAUUGUACUGAUGAAUUAGGCACCAGCCUCUAUUCACCACAUAAUAUGGAAAUAAUCAUAUUUCAUGCCAAUGAUCUUAAAUCAUAUUCCCAAGAAUUAAUUAGGCUGGCUAUGCUUUUGACAACUGGAAGUCACAAAGAAUGGUUUGUUCUUUGCGAUGGUCAACUUGCAAAGAAAUUUCAAAUCAUUACAGAUAAAAGUGGAUCAUGA